GUAGGAAGUGUAGAUAGAAAGUGUGAUGGAGACAGAUUUGAUGUAUAAGAUCGUUUGUGUACAGUGCUGGCUUAUAAAAACACCAAAAUAGGAAGCUAUAUAUCAAGCUAAAUUAAUCUCUACUAAAUUAGUCUUCUGUUAUUACGAUAAGUUAUCUUAUAAAUAUAAUACGUGGAGCAUGUGGUCGACCAAAAGCAUCAUUCAAACGGCGCAGUCUUUUAAAACAUGUUUUUUGAACUUUUUCAAAACUUUGUCAAAAAUUGAUAAUGUAAUGACAUAUAGUUUUGGCCAUAAUUCUUUCGGCAAAUAUGACAUUGUUAGACCAUGGUUAGUUUCUGGAAAGAAUGAUGUACCUGCAUAUAUACCUCAGCCAUCUUAUAGUCAAACAUCGAUACCUGAUAAUGGACCAGAAAUAUCUGAAAUCAAGGAUAUGUACCAAAUAGAAUGUAUGAGGAACAGCUGUAAACUUGCUAGUUAUAUUUUGCGUCAAGUUAAUACAUUAAUUAAGCCUGGUAUUACAACUGAUGCACUUGACAAACAAGUGCACGACAUGAUUAUUGGCAAUGGAGCUUAUCCGAGUCCACUCAAUUAUCGUGGUUUCCCUAAGUCUAUAUGUACAAGUGUUAACAAUGUUGCUUGCCAUGGUAUUCCAGACAAUAGACCUCUGCAAGAUGGCGAUAUUCUCAAUGUUGAUAUAACGGUAUAUCUCAAUGGCUAUCAUGGCGAUUGCUCGAAUAUGUUUCAAAUAGGUGAAGUUGAUUCUGAAGGUAAACGACUGAUAACAAUCACAGAAUUAUGCCUAAAAGAAGCCAUACAAAUAUGCAAGCCGAACGAACGUUUCUGCAAUAUUGGUAACGUGAUAGAAGAAAUAGCGAAUAAACAUAACUUGAGCGUGAUACCAGCAUGUCUAGGUCAUGGUAUUGGGACUUAUUUUCACGGUGCUCCGGACAUUUAUCAUUUUGCAAAUGAUUAUUCUGAGAGAAUGCAGUCGGGAAUGACGUUCACUAUCGAGCCGAUUUUAAGUCAAGGAACGACACAGCUUGAAAUUUUAGAGGACGGAUGGACGGCUUGCACCAUCGAUAAUUCCAGGACGGCACAAAUUGAACAUACGAUUCUAAUUACAGAUGAUGGAUGUGAAGUACUAACAUUUUAGUUUGUUUUUUUGUCACAUCUGUUAAUGUAAAUAUCAAUUAAGAUACUCUUAUUAUAUUUCGCGCGCUUGUAUGUAACGAAGUUCAUUGCACGAUCAAAAUGUAAAUGUAAUAAAA